UGCUGCUGACUGACCGACCUUCUGUAACACUGCCACCUGCUGCUGACUGACUGACCUUCUGUAACACUGCCACCUGCUGCUGACUGACUGACCUUCUGUAACACUGCCACCUGCUGCUGACUGGCUUUCUGCUCUCACAUCAUCCUGACGUUUGGAUCUGAAGCUGGACAGAGACAGGAAAGGAGAGAGAGAGGUUGGCAGACAAAGGGACUCGGGUUUCAAUCAAACUCACCACUGCAGAAAGGACUCAGCCUUUACACAUGGUAUGCAUUGUAACAGGUUCACAAAAAAUCACCACUUAAUUGCUGAAUAAAUCUAUAAAAAUGGGGAACGUACCAUCAGAAUGUAACAUGGGCGACUGCCUGAGAUGCUGCAAGUGUUAUAAAGUCCUGCCUCCUUGCACAUCCUUUGAUAAUCUCUACAAAAGUACUGUUCAUGGGCGGUACGUCUAUGUGUUCAAUGGAGGUGAAUACUACAGACCAGUUGGCGCCGAUAAUAUGUACGAGUGUGAAUACUGCUUUAAUAAACCAAUCAGGGAUCAAGAGCAGAUGAGGAGAGAGGAGGAGAGGAGGAGAGAGGAGGAGAGGAGAAGAGAAGAAGAGAGAAGAAGAGAAGAGGAGAGGAGAAGAGAAGAAGAGAGGAGAAGAGAAGAGGAGAGACAAAAACUGGAUCAAAGACUACAAGAAUCGCAGCAACAAGCCAAAGAGCAGCAUGAGAAACAACAGAGCAGCCACAUUUCAGAAGAAUAUGAGUCCAAGCGAGAUGUUCAGAUGUGGCAUCUGGAUGAGUUUGAGGCUAAGUAUGAAUCAGGCAGGGAUGAGCUUCUAGAAAUCCUCUCUAAGAAAUGCAGUUCCCCUGUUCCAGAUCUGAGUCUCACUCAGCUGACAGCAGACCAGCAGCGGGAGAUCCUGUCAGUCCUGGACAAACUUCUGUUUGAUGAAUGGAUCAGUGCUCCCCCGUCCCUCAGCACUCUGCAGCACACUCAGGUGUUCAUCACAGAGCUGUGUGCCCUGUCUCUGGAGAUCCCCGAGGGAGUUCCCCUACAAAACAUCUCCAAUCAGGUGCAGUCCCUGGUGGACUCCAUCAGCCAAUCAGCAAGCAAUGCUGCUGAGAGUCUCCUGCUGACUCAAGCCCUGUACCUGAACCUGAUGCACUUUUUCACUGACUGUAGCAGCUCUGAUACUGACGCAGUCCUCAUAGCCAAACAGUGGGCUGGAGAUAAGCUUUCCACUGAGAACCUCUGUCUUAUAGAAUUCCUGAGCACCCUCGCAUCAUCACUGCAGAAUGUAGUGGGAAGAGCCUCUGUGUUCAUUUUAAAGAUGGAAAUCCAGUGCUUGAAGCUUCUCUUAUCCACACUCACACCUAACCGGCAAAGAAACCCACUCAGAAUCCACUGA